AUGCGUGAGCUUUUAGGGGUUUCCAUAUUGGUUUUACAACUGAUGUGGUGUUAUGGCGAGGAUUUCACUUUGCUUCUUCUCCUAGAGGAUUCCGCGGAACCAUCCGAAGGUGCUUACAAUUCUCAGAAAAUCAGACCGGGUAUAGACAUCGCUGUCGAGAACGUCAACAAUGACACGAGGCUAUUGCCGGGGGAUAGUAUUGAAGUCACAUGGGCUGACUCAGCGUGCAAUCGCAUAGACUCCGUCAUCGCCGUCAUGGAAGAAUACGGAAACGUGGACAUUCAUGGGUUCCUAGGCCCUGCUUGCUGGAACCCGAUGGAAAUCAUCGGCGUCAUGGCAGCCCAGUGGAACCUACCAGUUAUUUCGGGGGCAAGUGAGGACCCGGACCUCAGCAACAAAGACAUGUUCAAAACACUCACGCGGACGUACGCACCACUCGAUAAACUUGCGAUCGGGUUUUCGGCAAUGAUCGAAGACUUUGACAUACAGCUGUUUGGAUUGAUCUACGAUGACGUAACGCCAGACCCAUUUAUACUGGCAUUUGCCGUGUAUUACGCUAUAGAGUAUGACACUAACGGUACGUUCUCAAGUGAUCCCAGAGGAAUACAGGGAUACAAUCCAGGCAAACUUGAAGACGACACACUAUUGAACAUUGUAAGCGAGGUGUCCCUAGUGUCCCGCAUAAUAAUCCUGUGCGGAACACCGGAUCAUGUGCGAGGAAUGAUGUUGCACGCAUACGAUCUUGGCCUCAUCAACGGGGAGUACCUAUUCUUCGACAUGCAGCCGAACCAGGACGAAAAUGUUGAAAAUUUUCCAUGGAAACGAAACGAUGACCGAGAUGACGAUGCUCGCGUGGCAUAUCAGGCCCUGAUGACCGUGACUAUUAAAAGGCCGACGAGCGAGCAAUUUGUCCAAUUUUCGGAAGAGGUACGACUGCGGGCUCUGAGGGACUACAACUACAACUACACCGAUGAAACCGUUAAUAAUUUUGUUGGAGCCUUUCACGAUGCAGUGCUACUUUAUGCUAUUGCGUUGAACGAGACACUUAACGAGGGCAGUGAUCCUAAAGAUGGCUACAACAUCACUAGGAAGAUGUGGAAUAGGACAUUUGAAGGAAUCACUGGCAACGUUUCAAUCGAUGCAAACGGAGACAGAAAUGCAUACUACUCAAUACUUGACAUGACAGAUCCGGAAACUGGGAAAUUUGAGCCUGUCAUCAAUAUAGAAUACACUGGUGCUGUUGGCGUAGUCGAGAAGGUUGGAAUAAUUCACUGGCCUGGGGGAGCCUCUGGUCCACCAGAUGAUGUUCCAGCUUGCGGGUUUUUCAAUGAGUACUGCCCUGUCGCAGAUACCUUUCCAGUCGCCGGCAUUGUUGGAAUCGUCAUUGCCUGUCUUCUUAUCCUUGCUCUUAUUGUGGUAGUUUUCCUGUACAGGAAAUAUAAAUUGGAAAGUGAGAUAGCAAAUAUGACGUGGAAGAUUAAGUAUGAAGAUAUAACAUUCAGUCAUGUCAACAAAAGUCGUUUUCUCUCGCUGAACGUCAUGAAUAAAUCAAUGCUUCUCGAUAAUGAAGACGACAUAGCAGAACAGCAGAUUUUCGCCAAUGUCGGACAUUACAAGGGUAGUUUUGUUGCGGUAAAGAAAAUUCACAAAGAGAGAAUAGACCUGAACAGAGAUAUACUUAUUGAGUUGAAAAACAUGAGAGAGGUUGAACACGGACAUAUCGUUCGUUUCAUUGGAGCAUGCGUAGAUUCUCCCUGUAUUGCCAUAGUGACGGAGUAUUGCCCAAAAGGCAGUUUACAGGACAUACUACAGAACGAUUCGUUGCAACUGGAUUGGAUGUUCCGAUAUUCAUUAAUUAACGAUAUUGUUAAGGGUCUUCACUUCCUGCAUCAUAGUGUCAUGAAACGCCAUGGCAACCUGUCUUCUUCGAACUGUGUUGUUGACAGUCGGUUCGUAUUGAAGUUGGCCGAUUUUGGCCUCGAGAAAUUUAAAGCAAAUAGCUCAUCAAGUGACAAUGCAUUCGGGGAAUUGACAAGUGAGUGUGUUAUAUACUCUCAAAAACUAUGGGUAGCUCCAGAGGUGCUUCGGGAUCCUGCUUCCACCAAAACACAAGAAGGAGACAUCUUCAGCUUAGCUAUUAUUCUACAUGAAAUUGGAUCACGCAAUGCUCCAUAUGACGCCGAAACUGGGGAUAUGAGCGUCAAAGAGAUAAUUGAAAGAAUAAAGAAAGGGGAGUCGCCGCCCUUCCGUCCCCAAAUAGAUCGAAAUUUGUAUCCGAAUGAGGUUAGAAACCUAAUGGAGUCUUGUUGGGAGGAAAACCCGAGCCUAAGACCAAAUAUCAACGCGAUCUCAGCGACAAUAAAAAAACUUAAUAGAAGCGAAUCUCAUUCCGAUAAUAUCAUGGAUAACUUGCUACAAAGAAUGGAGCAGUAUGCAAAUAAUUUAGAAAGUCUCGUGGAACAGCGAACCGAGGCAUUUCUAGAAGAGAAGAAGAAAUCGGAGCAACUAUUAUACAGCAUACUGCCAAAUUCUGUUGCUAAGCAACUUAUUAGAGGAGAACGCGUGGAGCCUGAAAGCUUUGACUGUGUGACUGUGUAUUUCAGUGACAUUGUUGGUUUCACAGCAUUGUCGGCCGGUAGUACGCCACUCCAGGUCGUAGAUAUGCUUAACGAUUUAUACAUCUGCUUCGAUGCACUUAUAAGUAAUUUUGACGUUUACAAGGUCGAAACCAUUGGUGAUGCGUACAUGGUUGCUUCCGGUCUGCCAAUCAGAAAUGGGAACCGCCAUGCCCGGGAAGUUGCUAGAAUGUCUCUAGCUUUGUUAAAAGCUGUACUCAGUUUUAAAAUAAAACACCAACCGAACCAUCAGAUGCGUUUACGUAUUGGAAUUCAUUCAGGUCCUUGUGUAGCGGGUGUUGUUGGUCUUAAGAUGCCUCGAUACUGUCUGUUUGGUGACACGGUAAACACAGCAUCAAGAAUGGAGUCUAACGGGGAACCUCUGAAGAUUCAUCUUAGCUCAUCAACGCACGCCAUACUAGACACAUUCUAUACGUUCAAAAUGGAACUAAGAGGAGAGAUUGAGAUGAAGGGUAAAGGAAUGCAAACCACACAUUGGCUGCUAGGAGAAAACCUCGACGUCAAAGAUUCAAAUUCUUAG